AUGGGUGCUGCUGGUGGGUCUCAAGCCACUUCUGGAGGUCGACCUGGUGACCUAGGAGCUAUAAAUCCAACAGUGGAGUCCUCCAAAUCUGAGUUAGCUUUAAUGGUUUCUUUAUCCCAUGGCUUCUGGAAAAAGGAUUUCCAAGUUCUUCAGGAGCCGGGGAAUCGAUCACACUGGUGCGUGGUGGCAUACUGGGAAGAGAAGACACGUGUGGGUCGGCUGUACUCUGUCCGAGAGCCCUCCCUGGAUAUCUUCUAUGAUCUACCUCAAGGGAAUGGUUUCUGCCUCGGACAGCUCAACUCAGACAACAAAAACCAACUGGUGCAGAAGGUCAGGAGCAAGAUUGGCUACGGGAUCCAACUCACCAAGGAAGUGGAUGGUGUGUGGGUGUACAACCGCAGCAGUUACCCCAUCUUCAUCAAAUCAGCCACACUGGACAACCCUGAUUCCAGGACGUUGUUGGUUCACAAAGUAUUCCCAGGUUUUUCCAUCAAGGCUUUUGACUAUGAGAAGGCAUACAGCUUGCAGAGACCCAACGACCACGAGUUCAUGCAGCAGCCAUGGACCGGAUUUACCGUUCAGAUCAGCUUUGUGAAAGGCUGGGGCCAGUGCUACACCAGACAGUUCAUCAGCAGUUGCCCAUGCUGGUUGGAGGUUAUUUUUAAUAACCGAUGACUUGAGACAGAGUGGACUCAUGACAUUUAUACUACUUUGCUGCUAUUAUUUCCUUCUGAGUGCUUGCUUUUCAUGCAAACUUUUUUGGGGGGUUUGUUUUGUUUCGUUUGUUUGUUUUGCUUCGUUUUCUUUUCCCCCAUCUUUUUGAGAAAUAGCUUAUGGAAAGAUGAUUUUUUUUUUGCCUCGGGUAUUUUGAUUUUUAAAGAAAUCUCUAUUUGUUUUUCUAAAAAAAAAGUGUGAAUGACCAAUAACUCAGAAGGGUGCAAGGUGUGGUGGUGGUGGGUGAUGGAUCACAUACGAUGGCUUUUUCACUCCUGGGAAAGGAUUAUCCUAUGCAAUGGAUUCACAAGCCACAUGCUCCAUGCUACAGCUCCUUCUCUCAGCUAACACAACAAGAUACCUGUGAUUUUGAAUUUUACACACCACCAAUUCUUGCCACCAACCACCUCUGGUGGUGGUGACACCAAGAGCCCUACCCCAGUGGUGCUAAACCCGCUGAAGGAUGGUGCAGAACCUUCCCAACUGGGUCUUUAUACACCCUUUUAAUUUUUUUUUUUAAUUAUUGCUGGGUUCACGUCUUGUCC